AUGGCUUGGGUUUCAUUACCAGUCGUGGGUAUGUUGUUGGUUUGGUGGUGGGUGGGUUUCAGUGCGGUGAAUGCAGAUUACAUCAAGUACAAAGAUGCUAAUCAACCAGUGGCUGCUCGAGUUGGAGACCUUCUUAGCAGAAUGACUCUUGAAGAGAAAAUUGGUCAGAUGGUGCAGAUUGAUCGCAGUGUUGCCAAUGUUGAUACUAUGAGAACUUACUUCAUUGGCAGUGUAUUGAGUGGUGGUGGCAGUGCACCCCUUCCAGAAGCUAGCGCUGAGGACUGGGUUAACAUGAUUAUGAAUUUCAGAAGGGAGCUCUAG